AUGCCAAGGCAUAGUUAUAGGGGUUUGAUGGAAGGGCUGAUGGUGCCAGCUAAGACCCGGAAAAGGGAAUGCUCAUCACCCUCGUCAUCUUCAUCAAGAAUUCACAAUUACAGAUUGAAUAAGCGGGCCAUUUUGGUGGGCAAGAAUCGGGUUGGGCUUGGGAUCGGGUUGGGAGGAUCCAGAUCCAGUACCCCAGUGCCGACAUGGAGAACUACUCCGUUGAGGAGCACCAUUGAGUCUCCUAGGUACUCACAAAGUGGGAAAUCCACUCAACCAGUGUCGGCCCGCAAACUUGCAGCUACACUGUGGGGAAUGAAUGAGAUGCCUUCACCCAAAAUGAGUGAGAGUAAUAUGGAGUUAAUGCUGCAGCAGAGGAAGAAUAGCAGCAGUAAAAUGAUGCUUAAAAGGGAGAAAAUGCGAGCUGUAUCAGGUUUGCACUCGGGUUCAGGUUCUUUGCCGCCACAUUUGUCUGAUCCAUCUCAUAGCCCGGCUAUUUCUGAGAGAAUGGAUCGUUCUGGAAAGGGUCGUCAGAGGAGGACGCCAUCAAUUGUCCAGAGGCUUAGGUCUACAGACGAAAAUGCCGGAGCUUUUGAUUCACUAAGCAACGGUAGUUUUAUGGAGAUUGAGACUAGGUCUCGAGCCCAGACUCCAAGCGGAUCAAUAAGUGGUGCUAAGAAUCGUCUUAAGGAUAUUAGCAACGCUUUGACUACAUCCAAAGAGCUACUGAAAAUCAUAAACCGUAUUUGGGCUCGUGCAGAUCAACCUUCAUCUAGCAUGUCUCUUAUCUCAGCGCUUCAUGCUGAGCUUGAGAGAGCUCGUCUACAGGUUAAUCAGCUUAUCCAAGAACAACGUUCUGACAUGAAUGAUAUUAACCAUAUCAUGAAGUGUUUUGCCGAAGAAAAGGCAGCAUGGAAAAGUAAAGAACAGCAAGCCGUGGAGUCUGCUAUUGAGUCUAUUGCUGGUGAACUAGAUGUAGAACAGAAGCUAAGGCGUCGAUUUGAAAACUUGAACAAGAAACUCGGAAAAGAACUAGCAGAAAUGAAAUCGUCAUUCCUGAAAGCCGUUAAGGAAUUGGAAAGUGAGAAGAGAGCAAGAGAAAUUACAGAAAAGGUAUGUGAUGAAUUGGCUCAGAAUGUUGAUGAAGAUAGGGUUGAAGUGGAAAAGCUGAAAAGAGAGUCUACAAAAGUUAACAAAGACGUCAGGAAGGAAAGAGAGGUGCUACGGUUAGCUGACAGGUUGUAUGAAGACAGAGUCCAGGUGAAAAUCUCCGAGUCUAAACAUCAAUUUGAAGAGAAAAAUUCUGCCAUUAACAAGUUGAGGAAACAACUGGAAGCUUUCCUCGGAUCAAAAAGAGGCAAAGAUGAAGAAAAGGCGGCAUAUUUGAGCAAGUCUCACUUUGGUUUGCAUCAGAACGAAGAACAAGAAGAUGAUGGAGAAGUCGAGGAUGCAAUAGACGACAAAGAAGAUUCUGCAGAGAGUGAUCUUCAUUCUAUUGAAUUGAACAUGGAUAACAAUAACGGAAUUUACAAAAAGGCUUACGACUCCAUUGCUGGUCCUAGAAGAUUACCCAUAGAUGAUGAAAUCAAAGGGAGGAACUCUAUCACCGGGCAGUUUUCUAGGAAAAGCACAUCUAUUCUGAGGAGCAUGUCAGAUGGAGUUGAAUGGGGUAAUGAAGGUGCAAGUAGUCAAAAUUUAAGAGAUGGGUUGGAUAGGGAAAGAUUUCACGAACUCGAUAAGGAAGCUUCAAGAAGAAGUUAUGUCGAUGAAACUCAAAGAUACAAAUCUGUAAAAGGUCUCAAGGAUCAUGCUUUAUCUAGCUCUAGGUUAGGGCCAGUCCAAGAAUAUACGAGUCCCACUCAGCAAAGGGAGCAACCAUGGCUUCUACGAGAUGGUUCCAGUACCAUUCAUGAAAGAUCAAGUAUCCUUCCUGGGAAUGGUUCAAAGUCAAGGCUUGCAGAUGUCAGAGGGGAAGGCCAGAGUACCAGAAGAUCAAAGUGGUGA